CAGCCCGCGCGGGCCGCCUCCAAGGCCGUCACGCGGCACUGGAAGGCGAUGCACUUCGAGCGCCAGAAGCUGAUGGCCGUCACCGAGUACAUCGCCCCCCGACCGCUCGUCCCGCCGCGCUGCAUCGUCCCGCCCGUCGUGCCCUUCCAGGAGGAAGAUGGCUAUGAGAAACUGUUGCGUCGCCAAGUUGGGGAGAUGUUUCGUGAUAGCAAGAUGAUUGCUGUUUGUCAGUUCAACUCUCCUUCCAAUGAUGAAAUGCAGCUCGUGAAUUAUCAUCUCCUGAAGCAUAACAUUCGGGUUAAGAGGUUUCCAAAUGAGAUAAUGAAAGCCUUCCUUUCAGAAUCCAAGUACAAGAAUCUCCUCCCUCUCUUCGUGGGAAACAAUAUAUUGCUAGUGAGUCCGGAAACCAAAGCAAAGGAAAUGCUGCGGAUACUGAAAAGGGUGCCAGAAGUAGUUCUCCUAGGUGCCUGCAUUGAAAAUACCAUCCUCAGCAGACAAGGGGUGUUAAACUACUCCAAGCUGCCCUCCCUGGAGCUCGCCCAAGGGCAAGUGGCGGGUGCUCUUGCUCUUGUGCCAUCCCAGAUGUGCACAGUCCUGCAGAGCAACUCUGUGCGCCUUACAGCUUUGCUGAAUCAGUACAUUAAGCAGCAGAAUGAUGGAUCAGGGGACACUGGGAAGAUGGAAGAGUGCCCAGCUGAGCCAAGUCCUGUCAAGAGUUCUGGAAGCCCUUGAUGCUGGCUUCUGCCACCCCUGUCCACUGAUAGCCACUUCCUGUACAAAAAGGCAUGUUGCAUAGGGUUUCGUCUGGGCUGGGUGAGGUUGGUGGGAGAAGCCAGUCAACUCUUAGUACAAACAGUAAGAUUAAGAAAAAGAUUGAGGGCCAGCCAGUCAGACGUAUUCAUGCUGCAGGCUACCGUGUUUGAAGUGGUCAGGUCCCAUCCCUGUCUCUGAGUUUGGGAGUGCAAAGUUGUCUCUCUUUUCCCUUUCUCCCAUUCUCUCUGUGUUUUUUAGUGCAUAUUUCAUUAAUGGCACAGCCAGAAGUAGCCAUGCUUGGUCUUAGCCAGAAGGAUUGUUACUGUCAGGCUGAAGAAGAGGAAAGCAGAAAGUAGAUAUUGCAAUACUCUGCUUCCCAAGCACCCACCAGUUCAGCUAUGUUUGAAUUGUUGGGCCUGGCAAGAUUGAGAGAGGAUAUAGAGAAAUUGCAUUCCUCUGUAAAUAAGCAAGCUCCAUUGCAGCCAGUGGAAGGCACCAGCUGUUAAACUGCACAAUAACACUCCUCAGCAGAUUAGGACAGGAAGUGAAAAAGAUGCUGCAUUCAGCUGAAACGGCAGGGGCAUUCUAGAGAAGCAGAAUUUUAAUUAUAUGAAUUGGGGUUAGUACCAGAGCUAAUAGAGAAACUUGUUGGUGUUUUUAUGGUGGAAAAUACAUUUUUUGGUGAAACAGAAUUUGCAUGUGAGGGAGGGAUCCAGUCUCAUUAAACUGAAAAGAGGUUGUGGUUUCAUUGUAAACCAGCACUUUCAAGAGAGCUUGUUUUUCUUGAAAUAUUUCUAGGGUGGAGAAAAAUCCCUGCCUCGGUUAAUGUUCCUCCCCUUGAAAAGAGGGCUUGAAGAUCGUUGGUGCCAAGCAUAGUGAAUAUCCAUGAUAAUCGUGAAUACAGUGGAAAGCAUAAUUCCUUGAAGGGCAGCCCUUUUCCAGUGGAGGAAACCUCCUGCUUCUAUCUCCAUGAUGCUGUUACUGAAGGGGCUGGGAAUGGAAGUGGGUAUAGCAGCUCUCCACCCUCCCAGCUGUACUGCAACCUGGCAACUUUCUUUACCUUCAAGUGCUACUAACUUGUGACCAGAGGAAAUGAGCUUGCAGUGAAACCCAGCAGAUCAUGAGCAGGAUGAUGAUUGGAGAAUGGCAAUCAUAGAGUAACAAAGUGGUGUUGCUGAUGUUUUUGGGCUGGCCAGCAAGAGGGAGUUAAAUGUUUGGAAGCAGAUCUUAGCCCCUGGGUUAAAGCCACCAGUAUGAACAGAGUACUGUCUGUUUUGAGCAGGAUUGUGCCCUUUUCUGUGUACAGGUCUCCCACAUGAAACACUUUUUUGGCCUAAAUCCUAUAUUAAUCCACAGUUCAGCAUUGACUAAUCAACCUUCCCCCUCCUUGUGGCUUAUUUCUGGAGAUCACCCUGCAGUAGUAGUGAAAAUAUUGCUUAGGCCUCCUCUGAAAAGGAAAAAAAUGUCUGUAAAACAGAGUUCCCAGCUGGUGCUUUCUUGUUCCUUUAUAGUCAUAAUCUCUGUCUGUGCUUAGUUCCUCAGUCUUCUACUGAACUCUGCAAAUUAGCAUGUCACAACCCCAUCACCCCUGGGAUUGGGGAAGAAUAUGUAUUAAAUAUUGUUUGAUAGCU